AUGGAGUUUGAAGAGCCGGCGUCGGAGAUCAACGAGCCCGCGGACGACGACAUGGACAACACGUCGCUCAUGUUCAACGACAACAGCUUCGACGACUCCGUCAGCCCUGAGCAGCAGACUUCUGCCAUGAACCUCUUCGGACGCAAGAUGGUCAGCAUGAAGCGGCUCGGUAUGGGGCUGCGCACUAACCGGGACUGGUUCGUUGGACUGUCUCGCUGCCCUGACUACACCGGUGAUUCGGUUGGUCUAGAGCGCGUGCGAUCAAGGACUGCGGUGACGACUAAGUCUCAUCUGACACAGGACGCCAGUGAAGGAGUUUUAGCUUUUGUCGAAAGGCCACAUUCGGCGAAGGCUCCAGCUUCACGGCUACCUGUUGUCAAGCCAAAAUCUGUUGUUGUCUCCGAGAAGACUACGAAACGACAGAUGACUACUUCGAAGACAACGUCAACAUCAUCAUCGAAUCGCGACGCCACGGCGUCGAAGCCACGCAAGCCGGUCGCUCCGGUGGUAGCUCUGCGCAAGACUCCGAACAAGCCAACCACUGUUGCCAAGUCGCUCCCGAAGCGGAACUUGGCUCCAGUUUCGUUGUCGACGCGCAGAGUCAGCCGUGCGAACACGAAGAGGUCCGCAAGGAAGCCAGAUGCGCAGGCAUCACGCAAGGCCAAGACUGUACUGAAGUCGGCCAUGCGCAAGCCCAACUCCCAGGCCGUCAAGAAGCACGUUUGCUACGUUGAAGGACCCAUCGCGCCACGCUUCUACAACGUAGAAGAGACCGUCAAGCAGUCCGCUACUGCAGCUGAUGGGUCCACAACGUCCUUUUCUUGGGAGCCACUGACGGGCCUUCUCCACUCUCAGCCACCCUCACCAGGCAGAGGUGCAAGUCAACUCUUUGGAGGCUCCGAAAGUGGCGCUCUGACCAUCAAGCGACGCUUCCUCAACCGCUACGCCAGCGUCCAGCGGUACGAGGCGCGCCGCCGCCAAGAAGCGUUGGCUCGCAGCGAGCGACCAGCGCUGGGUCAGCUUGACUACGGCAACGCAGACUUCAGGAUCGCCUUGCAGGCCGCCAAGGUCAUCACCGCGGAUGACGUUGGCAUGAUGCAGGAUCUGAGCAACAUCGGCAAGGCUGGCAAGUUGUGGUGCGGUAAUCGGGCGAUGGAGACACCCGUGCUGGUUUUCGGAUCGUUCAAGGAGCCUUUCGACAACGCGACUAUCCCGGCGAAGGGUGUCAAGGCGUACAAGAAGCCUUUGCGAUGGCCGACCACUGGGGUUGAGUCACGGUUAGAGAAGUUUGCGGACGAGCACCUGAAAUGUCUUCAGGGUGCCGAUUUGGUGAUCUGA